AGAUAGGCCUCACUACUACUCAGCAAACUUAUUUGGACUCGUUGGACUGUGAAUUUUUAUUUUCUGUUGAUUUUAAGAACACUGAUUUCUUAAAAUACUUGUGUAAAUAAUAUUGUAUAGAUAAUAUUUUAAUAAUCUUCAUGAAUGUAAGUAAAACUUGUGGAAUUUUUGGGCCAUGAUAUAUAAUAAUCGUUCCAAUUCGUUGUUUUUAUAAGUAAUAUUUGUAUUAAUUAUUGAUAGGUUAAAAAUUUGUGGAGAAUGCAGUUUAAUACAGGAGAGACACAGUCCAAGGCGACAAAAAAGUCAAAGGGAAACCAAUCAACAAGAAAAAGGAAAGCAACUUCCAGAAAUACUAAGUACAUUGAUAAAGACAAUGAUACAGAGAUGAAAACUCAAGAUGUAAUUAUUGUAAAUGAAAAUGUUAAAUCAGAAUGUCAAUCAGUCUUUCAGUUUAUAGAUGUAAAUUCAAUUCCAAAAAAAGGUGGAAAAAAGGCUGUAAAAAGGAAAAAGAAUGAAAAUCAAGAAAAAUUAACAAAUAUUGAAGUUGAACAUGCCAAAAAUGACAGUGCAAGUACAUAUAACAUAUUGGAUGAACUACUUCAUUCAAAACAACAGGAAUUAUUUAGCUCCCUUGGGUCCAUAGAUCUCAUACAGAAUUUGGCUGAUGGAUAAUCUAAAAUGUGAGUUCCAGAUGGAAAUAGUCAAUUUUGUUGAUGCAAGAAGUCAAUGAAAGCAGAACUGAUGAUGCAGAUUUAUGAGAGUUUUCUCACAAAAAUGUAACUUUUACUUCACAAACAAUAUGAAAUAUAUGUGUGAUUUUUGGUAGAUAUCACUAAAACAUGACUUGCAAGAAAAAAUUAACAUGAUUCCGAAAAAUGGGAGGAUCUGUGAAAUGAGUAUUGGCUCUUGAUGGUUUGCAUGUUUAAUGUGAUCAUGUGAUGCUCUUCCUUUUGAAGUAGAAACAAUUGCUGGCUAGUAAAGAAGGAACUUAAAAAGUAUAAAACAAUAUUCAUUGCCAUCAACAUGUGAUAGUGCCGGAGGUGAAGAAGAAUAACUUUGUAAAAAUAGAUUUCAUCAAAAAUUUAUAUUAUAUGUAAUAAUGUAUGUAUAUUUAUACUGAAGUUCUUACAAACUCAAUGGACAAUAGAAUACAAUAUGUAAAUCCAUAAUGCAAAAAAUAAAACAUGGUAUGUAAUCUA